AUGUGGGAUGGCGGCGUGGUGGGCCACGCCUUUUUUUCCACCUCGAUGGCGGAACCUUUGCACGCCGAGCGCCACGCGGCCUAUGCCGCCGUCGAGCCGCUGUGUGCCAAGUAUCCCGCGCAGGCAGGCGCGCUAUUCCAAACGUACGUGGACCUCAAGUAUGCCGCGCGAUGGCGUGCCUUGGAUGUGCGCGACACGGCGUCGUUGGGCAAGCCGGGAUGGGCGAUCCUCGUGGGCGAGGCGCCUGACGCCAGCGAGCACCGGCAAGUCGUCGUGCCGCUGCAGCUGGAACAGACGGUCGACACGCACAUGUUCACCGAGCUCUUCGCGCACCUCCCGCCUGAUGCAGCGACCACGCACGUACUGCUGGCCAUGAUGUCGAACGACGCCACGGUCGUGUACUAUAAGCUAUCACAGGGUUUGGUCAAGCCCGUCAAUUAA